UGCGAAACAUGCGCUCUGAAGACAAGUGUUUAGUGUUUACAUAAGUUAAAGGAAAUUGUUUUCCGUAUAAUUAAGACAUUUGUGGUGACAAUUGAUUCACAAUUUUAAUAAUGUUUUCAGUGUAAUACAAUCAUGUCUUUGUCAACAUUAAUUCAACGACAAUCGCAUCGAUUAAUACACAACUGGUCUCAAUAUCGGCCGAUUUGGUCAUCAUUGGUGUCACAGAAUUGCAUUAACAGCAAUGUUGUGGUCAUUCGGUCUAAUAACUUGUGGACCAGUGGUCAUCACCGAAGUAUUGGUAGACCACAUGUUUGUCAUAUGAGACGACCAUUGGUGGGAACAGUAAGUAAAAGGCUUUUCAAACAAAACAAUAAGUUCGCGCACCAGAAGAAUGUGGCACCACUUCCCGUGUCAUUCUUGUAUCCAACGGUCGGUAUAUUUCUCUUAUUUAUUAUUGUCUUCAAUGUCGAGAAUAUUUGGGUCGUUUAUGUACCCGAAAUCAUCAGAGACCCGAUUGAGACCGGUCUCAAAAUGACAUGGAGUUUUGUUCGCAAAAUUUGUGGCUACAAACGCGUCGAUGCGCUUACCAUUGAUGACAAGUCAACAGCCGAUGAAGUAAUCGACGAACAAUCAGAUAUAAAAUCAAAGAAGAAAAAGAAGAAUGGAUUUCGUGACCGAAAGAUUAUUGAAUACGAAAACAGAAUCAGAAUGUAUUCAAAUCCAGACAAAGUUUUUAGGUAUUUUGCAUCACUUAAGAUAAUAUACGAUCAAAACGAGACAGAGAUAUACAUGACUCCCGACGACUUCUUGAGGGCUCUCACUCCUGGCAUCAAACAACCCGAUGGACUCGGAUUAGACCAAUUCAAACGUAUUGACUUAUCAAAGGAAGAGGACAGAGAUAUAAGUGCUAUGCUUUCUGAAGUAUUGCUAAUUGGGAACAGAGAGUUAACUUAUGGUCUUAAAGCUGAUUCAAUGUUUUAUAAACUGAGUAACUUUGGUCUCAUUAAUUACUCGGAUUUUCUAUUUUUAUUGACCGUUAUAUCGGUUUCUCGACGACAUUUUGAGAUAGCAUUCCGUAUGUUUGACCUCAACGGUGACGGCGAUGUCGAGUUUGACGAGUUUGAAAAAGUCCAAAACGCUAUACUCUCACAAACCAGUGUCGGCAAAAAGUUAGGCUCUUCAUCGAAAACAGGAUAUAAGGGUGUGAGCUCAGCACUCGCUAAAUAUUUUUUUGGUGAAGAUCUCAAACAAAAGUUAACGACUGAGAAGUUUCUCGAUUUUCAGAAGCAAUUACAGACAGAAUUGUUAACACUUGAGUUUGAACGAAAAAAGCCAAAUCCAAUAACCGGUAAAUUAAAAGAAGCAGAAUUUGCGGACCUUUUGAUAGCUUAUGCGGGACUCUCAGAGAAUAAACGAAAUAAAAUGAUUAAAAGAGUUAAAAAAUGCUUCGGUAGUGAUGAGGAAGGCUUAGGUCAAGAGGGCAUCACUUUGAAUGACUAUCUAAGUCUUUAUAAUUUUUUGCAAAAUAUCAAUGAUGUUGACAUAGCACUCGCUGUCUUUAAUAUUGCCGGUGCCUCUAUAGAUCAGGAUACUCUCAAACAUGUGGCCAAAACAGUAGCUCACGUAGAUCUGAGAGACCAUUUAGUUAAAGUACUUUUUACUUUGUUUGAUGAAAACCAGGACGGACAGUUAAGCAAUAAAGAGUUUAUCGCUGUUAUGAAAGAACGGUUACGUCGCGGCCUAACGAAGCCCAAAGACACCGGUUUCUGGAGAUUACUUCACGCCCUCUGGAAUUCACUUAAAUUUGAUUUAUAAAAUACUAUUC